CUUAAAAUUACAAAGUUUGUUAAUCCCUACUAUGUGCAUAGGAAGCUCUUCAGUACGGUGGAGGAUACAAACUGAUAUAAUUAUAGUUGCUUGUCCCCAAGGAGUCUACCUCAGCAUAUUUAGAGCAUCUUGGUUGAAUUUGAGGGAAGAGAUAUGACUAAGACAUGGUUCCCACCCCUAGGCAGCUUCCUGAUGAAUGGAAAAAGCAGACAUAUAAACAAUCAGCUAGACUCUAAGGCAGAAUGAAGUAAGUGUUAGAUGUCCAAGUAAUGGAUGAAAGAGGGAGGGCCAGGCUGGGUGCAGUGGCGGGAGGAUCACCUGAGGUCAGGAGUUUGAGAUCAGCCUGGCCAACGUGGUGAAACCCUGUCUCUACUAAAAAUAACAAAAAUUAGCCAGGCAUGAUGGCUCAUGCCUAUAGUCCCAACUACUUGGGAGGCUGAGGCAGGAGAAUCACUCGAACCUAGGAGGUGGAGGUUGCAGUGAGAUGAGAUCUCGCUACUGCACACCAGUCUUGGCAACAGUGACUCUGUCUCAAAAAAAGAAAAAAAAAAAAAAAAGAGGGAGGACUAACUAGGGAGACUCAUGUAAGACUGAAUUGUGAAGCAGUAUCUGGCAGCAUAGGACCAAGCACUCAGUGGAGAAGUUAAGGGAAUAAAUCAAAGAAGUCGGAGAAUGGAGAUCACUGGGGUUCUGAGGGUUCCUGAAGGAUUCUUGGGGGAAGAGGGUCUUCAUAGGGAAACCUUCUACCUGGACAACUUCCUGCAUAACCUGCUCCCCUAAACCCUAGCUGCUCUCCCCACUGACAGCUUCCUCCUGCAUCCCUGGGUUCUGGCCCUGAGUUCUCUCCUCCCUUGAUUUCAUGCCUUCUCCUCCCUUUGAGAUUAGAAACCCAGACUCUAGGAAUCUCCACUGAUUUGGCAGUCCAGUGACAGUACAUGGGCAGGCCACAGGAGGUUACUUCAUUCAUCCCCACCUCUCCCCAUCAUUUCUUACAGGGAAAUCCAGGGAGGCCCAGCCUACCCCACCACCUCCUCUGGCUUAGGCAAACCUGUUGCUGACCUGUCAGGUUCUACCUAGCCCUGCAACCUCACACUUUAGAAGGCAUUGUUUAUUCUCUUAUUUUCAUGUGCUCAUUCCUCGGACAACUAUUUGGGUUUGGGAGAAAGAUACUUAACACCUUUCCAUCCUACCUCUUUAAGAAAGGGACUGUGUGCCAAAGACCUUCCCACAUGUAUGAAGAAGGGGCUCUUGGGAGAAAGUGAAUUCCCACAGGAUUCCUUUGAAUCCUUUUGCAGGUAUUUCCUUCCCCUGUCCUCAGCAAGCAUUGAUGAGCCCCAGUCCUGUAGAGCUUGAAUCAACUCCUUGAGUCUAGGAAAAGCUGGCUCCUGAGGCCAGAGGUUGGCCAGUGUACCUACAGCACCAUUUCUUGGGAGCUUGUUGGGAUAUCACAUACUCGGAGUGCAAGGUCUUGUGGCUGAAUCUAUUCAGUCCAGUGUUACAUUGCCAGCUCCCCUGUCAUUACCACCCUCUCUGCACGUGCUCUAUAGGCAGGAGCUGUUACUAUGGAAAUAUAUUAUUUUUAAAAACAGACACACAGCCUGGGCUUGGGAAUCUCCAGAACAAACCUACACGGGCAAGUAGGUUAAUGGGGCUGUUUCUGGGUCCAAGCUCCAAGAGGAAGGAGGGUGAUGAUGGUGGGGGGAAUUCAAAAUUCGGAGUUCUACUCUCAACCUCUCCCAGCUUCAAGUUCUGCUUUCUCUCUGUUGACAUCAGCUGAACCUCUGCCAGACACUGCUAUCUGGGAGGGAUGUUCUGCACCUUCUUACCCUGGGCCUCGCUUCCCCCAGGAAAUGGGAAGCUAGAAGUCGCUGAGUCUGGGGGUGUUGGGAGAAGGGGGCGGUGAUUUCCACAGGGGUCACCUCCUUCUUAACCUCACAGGCGUCCGACCUGUGGAAAUCUAACAAGCACAGGGGAAAGCAAAGGCAGGAUCUUAGCCCUCCCGGAGCCGGUGCCGGCCCGCGAGCCCCAGCGUCUUUGCAGACCAGUCCUCUACCGGGUCCGGCGGGGCCCGCGCGGUGGGAGGAGUCGGGCACUGGCCGGCGACUAACUAGGGUCCGACUGCUGACCAAGCUACAAGGGACCCGGACCACGGAGACAGAGACCCCGGCGUCGCGACCCCCGAGGACCUCCUCUCCUCGCUCUGUGGCAUACACUAGUCCUGGGCACUCAACCGCGGAGAGCCCCCGACCCCGCGCGCCCAGCCCCGGGGGAGCCCGCCCCCGCCCCGCGGCCAGCCCGGGCCAUGCUCCCCCGGGGUAGCGGCUGAGCCUCAGCCGGGACCGGGACCGGAGCCCGCGCGGAGCAUGGAUCCGGGCUGGGGGCAGCGGGACGUGGGCUGGGUGGCCCUCCUGAUCCUCUUCGCAGCCUCGCUGCUCACGGUGUUCGCCUGGCUGCUGCAAUAUGCCCGGGGCUUGUGGCUGGCGCGGGCCCGCGGGAACCGGGGCCCGGGACCCGCCUUAGCGGGGGAACCCGCGGGUUCCCUACGGGAGCUGGGCGUGUGGCGCUCGCUGCUGAGGCUGCGGGCGACUCGGGCUGGCGCCGCCGAGGAGCCAGGAGUCCGGGGCCUCCUGGCGUCACUCUUCGCCUUCAAGUCUUUCCGGGAGAACUGGCAGCGGGCUUGGGUGCGAGCGCUGAACGAGCAGGCCUGCAGGAACGGGAGCUCCAUCCAAAUCGCCUUUGAGGAGGUGCCCCAACUCCCACCCAGAGCCAGCAUCAGUCAUGUGACCUGCGUAGACCAAUCUGAGCAUACCAUGGUGCUGCGUUGCCAGCUCUCUGCUGAGGAGGUGCGGUUCCCAGUCUCUGUGACCCAGCAGUCCCCCGCUGCUGUCUCCAUGGAGACCUACCACGUCACUCUGACACUGCCACCAACACAGUUGGAAGUCAACCUGGAAGAAAUCCCUGGUGAGGGGCUGCUCAUAUCAUGGGCCUUCACUGAUCGCCCAGAUCUCAGCCUAACGGUGCUUCCCAAGCUGCAGGCCAGGGAGAGAGGUGAGGAACAAGUAGAGCUCUCCACAAUUGAGGAACUGAUCAAGGAUGCCAUAGUCAGCACCCAGCCAGCCAUGAUGGUCAACCUCAGGGCGUGCUCUGCCCCAGGAGGCCUGGUACCCAGUGAGAAGCCACCCAUGUUGCCCCAGGCUCAGCCAGCCAUUCCCAGACCUACCCGGUUAUUCCUACGGCAGCUUCGGGCAUCUCACUUGGGAAAUGAGCUGGAAGGCACCGAGGAACUGUGCUGUGUAGCUGAACUUGACAACCCCAUGCAGCAGAAAUGGACCAAGCCUGCGAGGGCUGGACCCGAGGUGGAGUGGACAGAAGACCUGGCACUGGAUCUGGGCCCCCAGAGCCGGGAGCUGACCCUUAAAGUGCUGAGGAGCAGCAGCUGUGGAGACACCGAACUCCUAGGCCAGGCCACACUGCCUGUGGGCUCCCCCUCCAGACCACUUUCUCGAAGACAGGUGUGCCCACUCACCCCAGGGCCAGGGAAAGCCCUGGGACCAGCAGCCACCAUGGCAGUGGAGCUUCAGUACGACGAGGGCUCUCCCCGGAACCUGGGUACUCCCACCUCCUCCACUCCACGCCCCAGCAUCACACCUACCAAGAAGAUUGAGCUUGACCGGACCAUCAUGCCCGAUGGCACCAUUGUCACCACAGUCACCACCGUCCAGUCCCGGCCCCGUAUAGAUGGCAAAUUAGACUCCCCCUCCCGCUCCCCGUCCAAGGUGGAGGUGACCGAGAAGACGACGACUGUGCUGAGUGAGAGCAGUGGCCCCAGCAAUGCCUCCCAUAGCAGCAGCCCAGGGGACAGCCACCUUUCCAACGGCUUGGACCCUGUAGCAGAGACAGCGAUUCGCCAGCUGACAGAGCCCAGUGGGCGGGCGGCCAAGAAGACACCCACCAAGCGCAGCACUCUCAUCAUCUCUGGUGUUUCCAAGGUGCCCAUUGCUCAGGACGAGCUGGCACUAUCCCUGGGCUAUGCGGCAUCCCUGGAAGCCUCAAUGCAGGAUGAUGCAGGGACCAGUGGAGGUCCCUCUUCACCUCCCUCAGACCCACCAGCCAUGUCUCCAGGACCCCUAGAUGCCCUCUCCAGUCCUACAAGUGUCCAGGAAGCAGACGAGACAACCCGUUCCGAUAUUUCUGAGAGGCCAUCUGUGGAUGACGUUGAGUCAGAAACGGGGUCCACUGGUGCCCUGGAGACCCGCAGCCUCAAGGAUCACAAAGUGAGUUUCCUGCGCAGCGGCACUAAGCUCAUUUUCCGCCGGAGGCCUCGACAGAAGGAAGCUGGCCUGAGCCAAUCACACGAUGACCUCUCCAACGCAACGGCCACGCCCAGUGUCCGAAAGAAGGCCGGCAGCUUUUCUCGCCGCCUUAUCAAGCGCUUUUCCUUCAAAUCCAAACCCAAGGCCAAUGGUAACCCCAGCCCCCAGCUCUGAGGACCCUCCUUACUUCCUGAGCUAGGAAAGGGCACAAGUUCUCUUAGCCCAUUCCCCACCUCCCCUUCCAUACCCCUUCCUGGAUCUCCAGCGCCUGGGCCAGGAAAGUCCUCUGGGUUCCAGGAAGCCCUGUCCACCCUGGGCCACGGGGCCGGUUGGAAGGAUAUUUGGAACGGGAAGCACAUGAGAGGUGGGCACCCGUUGCCAAGGACAUAGACGAGGGACUGGUGGCUGGGAGGGAGAGAAGGGCCCUGUCUGGCAUGUGUGGGCAUUCCCCAGAAGCGUUUGCCUCCUGCUGAGCCUGGUCCCUGAGUGGAGUCCCAGGGUGCUCAGCUCUUCAGCUGACCCUUCCUCCCUUAUUUAUUCUCUUUUCUAUUUAUAUGUGUGGCUUAGGACCCUCCGUGAACAGAUGAUAGAGGGCAUCUCUCCUAGGUGACCCUUCUUUUCUGUCCCAGGAGGGUGGGUAAUUCCCUUCAGGAUGGGGCUCCCACACCUCCCUCAGGUCCCCACUCAGACCAGCACCAGUGUCUGCCUCUGAGAAUGUUGGCAGCUCACAGACAGCAGGGCCGGCCCGGGAUGGGGGGCAGGUACUCCCCACCUUUCUGCCUCCCUUCCUGCUCCUCAUCCCUCCCUCCCCCUUUAUUACCGUUUUUUGUACUUGAUGCCUUCUCUGUGAGCAGUGGCUCUGUGGGAAGGAGGGAGCCGGGAGCUUGCUGGGAAGCCUUCCCCAGAGAGAUGGCUUUAGGGGCUUUAUUUAAAGACUGUGAUGAUGGAGCCACGCAAGGCUGCACCUCUGUGUGUUGGGAGACGAUGAUGAUGUCCAUUGCUGUGUGAUGGCUUGGAUUUUAAUUUAUUAAAGUCAAAUUGGAGUUUAUAAACUG